AUGACGAAAGCCAGGACAGUAAGACUCAGCAGCGCCUACCUGAUGGGGAACCACAGAUACGUGUGCCUGGAAGGAGGUGACCGCUUUUCCGUCGGCUUCGUAUGGCCGGAGCACGUCAUGCUGCGCCGUAUGCAGCUGCAGAUUGCGGCGCAGUCGCAUCGGUCUGGUGUGUGGGUGACGGAGGAGCAUGCCCCGGAGAAGAAGGACCACAACCCAGGGCCCCACAAGGCGGCAGAACUCUAG